GCCAUGGCUGCCCGCUCAUUGAUAUUCGAACACAUCUUACGUCCAAGGGUGCCUCAUCCGUCGUAACUAUAUAUUGCUAUGAGCCACUGGGUCGAGCAUCAGUUCGUCAGCAACCAGCCGUCGCAUCAUGAAGACCCUGAUUACCGUAUUGGCUGCGGCCUCCUGCUGCCUGGCCGCCGAAGUGCCGUACACUCCGGCCGGACCGAAGGCACAGGGAGCUCUCCUCCUCCUACCGCUCCAGCAGGCAAAGGACAACAGCAGUACAUCCACCACACCGAGAUCUGUCGCUAAUGGAACUGAAAAUUUAGAUGACGUGAACGCCAAGAUCAUGGAGAAAUUGAAGCAGCAGCAGGGUUCUGAACAAGGUGUGUACCACGUGUACCUCCAAGAUGGCCGCCUACAAAGGGUACAGUACACCACCGCACCCAUUGUACCCGAGCAGCAAACCCAACAGCAACAAACUGCCUCCAACAAUAACAACCAACAACAGACCCCAGAAAUCCUCAGCCCGGAGUCAGCAGAAAAGCGAAGAGUGUACUUCGUCCAAGUUCCUCAGGAAAGAAUUCAGGCUUUGCAAGCUAAUGCUCAACAGGUUCCUCCUCAGCAGAGCAGCCAGAACUUUCAGCCCUCAGCUCCAGCCCAGUACAACCAACAGGAGAGCUUCCCCGUCAACGUGAGGUACCUGCCCCUGGAAGACUCCUCAGCCCCCAGCAGCCAGUAUAGACAGGACCGCGCAGAAGAGGCAGUCGUCAGGUACCUGCCAGUGCCGCUGACAGAACAGAGCGGCCAGUACGGCCAGCAACAGCAGUACAGUGCUGGAGAGCAGCAGGCGGUGGUACAGUACUCGGAGGUACAGCCAAUCCAGGGACCGGUGUACUCCUACAGCCCUCAGGCCAUUACCAGGAUACUCAGAUAUGCCCCUGUCUACUAGGAGGAGGAGGAGGAGGAGGAGGAGAAGAGUUUAAAAUAUUUAUUUAAUUAAUUUAUUGACAUAUCUACGUUAUUGUUCAAAAAUAAAUAAAAAUAUAUUUUUAUCUCAGUUAUGAUUCAUCGCUUAUAAAACAUUCCUUCUUAAGGCUGUCUACUUUAUAUAACACCUCACAGACAAUAUCAGACAAAUAUCCUUUUGUGUAUUUAAUAGGAAAUAUCAACACUUAGCGUGUCAGACAUGGAGACAAAGGACAUUCUCCAAAAUAACAUUUUGUCAGACAGGCCACGUGUUAACAGGUCUGGUGCCUGAACAUCUCCGACACGGACCUGUCGUCCAAUAGGAUCUUCGGACACUGCCCACUCCAUCACUCACAGUAUAGUCUUCGCAUGUUUAACUAAUACAAAUGUCAUAAAUGCCUAUAUAACAUGCAAGGAAUUUAUUUUGUCCAUAAUUUAGUAGAGGAGUAUUGUGAAAAUUAAAAAUGAAAUCUGAUGUGUCCACUCACACGACUUACAUACCUAUUUCAGAAAAGGUUUGUAUCUUUAAA